CUGGGAAACAAAAAUGGCGGUUUGUGGCGGGAAGAUGACUGUCGGUUUGUAAAUCGUGAAAUAAGCCUGCAGAAAGAGUGAAAAGCUGUAAAAAUGGCCUCAAAAGCCGUAACCAAAACGAAAAAUAGCAAGAAGCAGGAGAUCGGUAAAAAGCGAAAGCUGACAACCCCAGAACCCGAUGAUUUUGAUCUUUUUGCCUAUAAAAAUCAAAUGCCAGUGACGUUUGGAUAUUCAACGAAAAACACAAAAAUAAUGGUUCCCAUAGAUAGUUCAGAUGAAGAAGAGGAAGAAUUGGAUGUCGAUGCAUCAGAAUUUGCAAGAAUUAGUAGCGAAGAUGAAGAAGAUGAGAAUGAAGAUGACAGCCAAGAACUUUUGCAUAUAACUGACAGUGAAGAAAGUGUUGUGGAGACCAAUAAUAAGAGUACAACAUGUAGACCAGCAAGAUCACCUUCACCUCCUCCCCCACCAUCUCAAGCUGAUAUGCUGAGAGUACAGAGACAACUCAGAGCAAAAAACAAGAAAGCAAGGGAUUUUGAUGCUGCAUAUAAUAUCCUACAACAAGCUGUUGCUGAUUCAGUCUCCCCUCUCCCAACCAGUAGUAGUCGAACGGAGGUAAUCAACCUGGACGAUUCUGUCUCACCACUUAUUGUAAGAAACAGAAAUGACCGUAAGAUGACAGUGAAAGUUAGAACGAGAUCUGGAAUCAAACGAUUUGAUAUGAAAGCAGGUGACAAGUUUGAGACCAUCAUAAAAGAGCUUGCAGAAAGUGAAAAAGUUUCUCCUGAAAAUAUAUUGUUAUCAUUAAGGAGCAGUAAUAUUAUGAUAGAUGAUACUCCUCUUUCCAAAGGUGUCUCAGUUGCAGAUAUAAUUGAAUGUAUAAUCAUGGAAUCAAGUCCUGUUGUUGAAGAGGAAAAUUUGAUUGAGAUUAAAGUACAAGGAAAUGAUGCUGCAUCAAGAAAAACAUUUCAUGUAUCAAAGACAAAACCAUUGGAAAGUUUAUUUGCUGAAUAUGCUGAAUUCAGAAAGAUAAAAAGAUCAAGUUUAAAAUUCCUCUUUGAUGACGAUCCACUAGAAGGAACUGAAACACCUGAAGAUCUGGACAUGGAGGAUGAAAACCUUAUUGAUGUGCGGGUUAUUUCUUGAGAUUUGUUAUUUCAAUGGUAGGAGUUGUUCUACAAAGAACAGAGGUCACAUCAUUUAAUCAAAAAAUUGUAUAUGUAAUACUCAUGAACUUCGGAAACACUGCAUGCAAUGACCAAUUUUGUAAGACACUUGGUUGAAUUAGGGAUUUGAAGUCUGAAGAAACGUGAUCACCCAAAGUAUGUCUGAAUGAUGGCUCAGUACUAACGGUAAACUAGUCUGAGCUGUGUCAGUGUUUCUAAAGAAACAGUUGUGUAAAAAGAUAAAUUUAACACCAUUAAAAAGUAGGUGUAACAAUCUACCAUAACUAACUAUGCUCUGACGAAGGAUUAACGUCCGGAACAUCAGUAAGUUGUUUCACCUACUUUUUUACGGUGUUAAAUUUAUCUUUUUACAUAUAACUGUAAAAUAUGUCUGCUAUGUUAGAGGUGUUUUAGAGAUUAGAGGUGUUUUAGAUUUCUUCUGAAAAUAAUACGAAAAACUGAUAUUUAUUUGAACUAGAAGAUAAUUUGAAGAAAGGCUGACCAGCUCACAAUUUCAAGUAAAGUUUACAGGUCAUACUUUCAUGAGAUGGUUUGCAAUCACUACAAACAUUCAACACAUUUUUAAAAGGCACUCCCAUUUUGAUUCAAACGACUGUAAUUGUAAUUCUUAGAGAAUUAUACUGUAAAAAUAUCAACAGUAAUGCCGGGCUUUUCAUCCUGUUUACACUUGCGAUUUUUGCAGACCGAUUCUCGCGGCGAUCGUUGCACGACCAUCGCCUGACUUUCAGACAUGCUUGAAAAUUGGCUGCAACUUCACGGCGAUUUUCCGUCGUCGCAACAAUCACAGGGCUGUUUACACGUACGAUUUGAGUUACGCGAUAGCAAAGUGGAAAUUGUCGCGCUGCAAAAAUCUCAAGUGUAAACGGGUCUUUAAAACAAACAUUGCGCUGACAACUGUAUUCAGUGUAGCUAGCUGUGCUGGUUUGAAGAAUGCAUGAUAUUUCAUAAACGUACAAGCUAGUAAUUAUUUAUGAAUGAUUAUAACUUCCAGCCAUUGUGAAAACUAGAGUGAACAGUCAAGUAGUAAAAAAAAAAUAAAAUUAAUAGUCAAAUACCGACAUAUCCUCUGGAUGGAUUUAGUAUGGAAACACUACUUUGUACCAUAUUAUGUAGAUAUUGAGAUGUAUACAUUUAUUAUUAAAAUUGCAUUCUGAAGAA